CUAUUUCCAUCCAUAGAUAGAUUCCGCUUACCCUAAGGUUGCAGAGGCUUUCAAUCUUCGUUUCCUGCACUCUUUGUUUCCCUACCAUCUUGAGAAGCAUAACAACGGAAAAAGCAUGGCUGGGGAAGCACUUCUCGGCGCUGCAUUUGGAGUGUUGCUUGACCGUUUGACUUCCAAGGAGUUCAUCAACUUCUUCCGGUGUCGAAAGCAUGACGAAAGGCUUCUCAAGAAGCUUAAGUUGAAGUUGCUUGGACUUAAUAAGGUGCUCAAUGAUGCAGAGGACAAGCAGUUCACUGAUCGAGAUGUGAAAAAAUGGCUGGAUGAGCUUAAAGAUGCCGUUUACGACGCCGAAGACUUAGUGGAUGCGAUUGCUACUGGGGCUUUGCGGUGCAAGGUGGAAGCCGAGUACCAAAGCGGCCCAAACGAGGUACAGUCUCUGAUCUCGUCCUUCACUAAAUUUUUCGACGGUAAGAUAGAGUCCAAGUUAGAGAGGAUGAUUGAAAGAUUAGAAGAUUUUACGAAAGAAAAAGACUCACUUGGUUUGAGAAAAGUUGCUGGACGGAACUGGUCCCAAACCAGGUUGUCAACAACUUCUUUGGUGGAUGAAUCUUGUGUUUACGGACGGGAGAAUGACAAGGAAGAGAUAAUGAAAUUGUUGCUGUCUGAUGGAGAAAGUAGUUACGAUGUGAUCCCGAUUGUCGGGAUGGGUGGGAUGGGCAAGACCACCCUUGCUCAACUUUUGUACAAUGAUUGCACAGUGGAUGCGCAUUUUGGUGAGAAAGCAUGGGUAUAUGUUUCUGACGUAUUUGAUGUUGAAAAAGUCACAAGAACAAUUGUCGAGGCAGUCAACGGGCGGGCUUCGGACGAAAGGGACCUAAACUCGCUUCAGGUCAAGCUGAAGGAAUCAUUGAGUGGGAAAAAGUUUCUUAUUGUCUUGGAUGAUGUUUGGAUUGAGAACUAUGCCCAUUGGGACGUCUUGAAGGCUCCUUUCAGAUCUGGAGCACACGGGAGUAAGAUCAUCGUUACGACGCGCAAUGAGAGGGUUGCAUCUAUUAUGCAAACAGUUCCUAGUCAUGGUUUGAAGGAAUUACCCGAGGAAGAUUGUUGGAAGUUGUUUUCCAGACUUGCAUUUGAGAAGGGAGACUGCAAUGCACAUCCUAUCCUUGAAAGAAUUGGCAAGGAGAUAGUGAGAAAAUGUAAAGGUUUGCCUUUGGCUGCAAAAACACUGGGUGGUCUUUUACGCUCCCAACGAGAUGUUGAAUGUUGGAAUAAUAUACUGCUAAGUGCCAUAUGGGAGUUAUCAGAGGAGAAAAGCAAUAUCCUUCCAGCAUUAGGAUUGAGCUAUCAUUAUCUCCCCUCACAUUUAAAAAGAUGUUUUGCUUACUGUUCCAUAUUUACUAAGGAUUGUGAAUUCGACAUGAAUGAAUUAGUCUCAAUUUGGAUAGCAGAAGGUUUUUUGGUGAAGCCCAAGAAUAGUAAAACAGUGGAAGAAGAAGGUUAUGAGUGCUUCCGGGAAUUGCUUUCAAGAUCAUUUUUUCAGAUAUCAAAUACGAAUAAUUCUUUGUUUGUCAUGCAUGAUCUUGUUCAUGAUUUAGCUCAAUACGUGAUGGGAGAUUUCGUUUAUAGGCUAGAGGAUGGCAAGGGUGUUGCUGAAAAGGUUCGUCAUUUCUCGUUUGUUCGACGUAGAUUUUGUAGCUUUGAGAAGUUCAAGGAAAUAAGGGAGGCUAAGUGUUUAAGAACUUUCCUAUCAUUCAAGCGUAUAGGUGAUUCAGUCGAGUUGAGCAAAAAGGUUGUGGAUGAGAUUUUGCCGAGAUUGACACGCUUACGACUGUUGUCACUGUCGGAAUAUAGGAUUAAAGAAUUGCCUUAUUCAAUUGGCGAUUUGAUACAUCUACGCUUGUUGGACCUUUCUUGCACGCAAAUCAGGGAGUUGCCGGAAUCAAUUUGUGCACUGUAUAAUUUAGAAACAUUGUUGUUAUUUGAAUGUGAUCUUCUUACAACAUUACCGGCAGAUCUUGUAAGACUGAUUUCAUUGCGUCAUCUUGAUUUAAGCGGAACCAACUUAAAAGAGAUGCCAAUGAAUAUAAGUAGGUUGAAAGAUCUCCAACAAUUAACUGUUUUUGUAGUAGGAAAGUGCACGGGUAUUAAUGAGUUGGGAGAGUUUCAUUGCCUUCGAGGAAAAAUCUCCAUCUCAGGAUUGCAAAAUGUAAAGAGUGGCCACGAAGCAUUGGAAGCAGAGAUGAGUGAGAAAAGACACCUUGAAAGGCUAGCAUUGAAAUGGUAUAGCACUACAGAGGAUUCACAGAAUGCAAGAGAUGUACUUAAACAGCUGAAGCCUCAUACAAACUUGAAGCACCUUGAGAUUAAAAACUAUGGACGCACAAGAUUUCCUACUUGGUUAGGAGAUCAAUCAUUUUGCAAUAUGGUAUCAUUAGGUUUGGAGAAUUGCAAGAAUUGCUUUUCCUUGCCCCCACUUGGUCAAAUGCCCUCUUUGAAAGAGCUUAGCAUCGAAAGGAUGCCGGGAAUAACGAGCGUGGGUUGUGAAUUUUAUGGAGAGAGUGGUUCUUUAAGAAAACCGUUUCAAUCUCUCGAGACUCUACGUUUUGAGAACAUGUCGGGGUGGGAGGACUGGUAUAUAUUAGAUGCUGGAGAGUUCUCUCGGCUUCAAAAGCUUGAGGUAAUCAAUUGUCCCAAGCUGAUCGGACACUUACCCACGAAGGUGCUUUCUUUGGUGGGACUUGAGAUAGUGAAUUGCCCAAAGCUUGUGGCUUCACUUUCAAUGUCUACUUCUAUACGCAAGCUAGUGUUGAACGAAUGCCAAGGGGUACAGUUGGAGGGGCAAAGUGUGCCUUCUGUUGAAAAACUGGAGAUUUCAGGCUUUGAAAGCUUGAAGGAAUUUGCAAGCGAGCUGGUAACACUAACAAAUCUGAAGGAGCUGACGGUAGAGAAUUGUCCAAGGCUAUAUGAGGAACUAUCUGAGGAAAUGAGCCAUUGUUACAUGUCCCUUGAAAGAUUGGAUCUGAGUUACUGCGAGAGACUCAAAUCCCUCCCACUGGGUUUAUUCCCAAAGCUUCGAUCUGUAAAAAUUUGGCAUUGUACAAAUUUUGAGACCCUAUUGAUUCCAGAUGGGAUUGAGCUCCAAAAUCUGACAUUACUUGAGUCACUUUCCAUCGGUGAUUGCAAUAAUAUGUUAUCUUUUCCUUGCGGAGGAUUACCUGCUCCAAAUCUGUCUAUUUUAUUGGUCGAUUGUUGCAAGAAACUGGAGGCUCUGCCAGAACAAAUGCACACCCUUCUCCCAUCUCUUCAGUCAUUAGUGUUACAUGAUUGUCCAAAAAUUGAGUCUUUUCCGGAAGGGGGUCUGCCCUCCAAAUUAGGUGCUCUUGAUAUCAGGAAUUGCACGAAACUUGUGGGUGGCCGAAGAGAUUGGGGUUUGCAAACACUACCCUCUCUCACAAGUUUUUCACUGUUCGGUAAAUCUGGAGAUGUGUUGGAGUCGUUCCCCGAGGAGGGGCUACUGCCCCCCACUCUUACAUUUCUUAGCUUCGAACGUCUGCUGAAUCUCAAAUCACUCAACAAAAGGGGCCUUCAACGUCUUGGUUCUCUUGACUCCAUGCUUAUUUUCGAUUGCCCUCAGCUCCAAUCCUUGCCAGAAGAGGGGCUUCCCACUUCCCUCUUUGAGCUGCAAAUUCGUGACUGCCCAUUGCUGAAACCUCAUUGCCGGAGGGAGGAAGGAGAAGACUGGCAUAAGAUUGCUCACAUCCCUUUUAUAAAAAUCGAUGGUGAAGUAAUCAGUGAAUAAGUCUAUCUAUGCUAUGUGGCUAGGGAAGACCAAAGCUUCCCACUAAGUCGAAGACCACAGCUUUCCAAUGUUCUUAUUUGCUUUUCAAGUUCCUGAGUUUGGAAGUUAGCUGACUGAUAACAAACAGCUAGAGGCAUGUACAGCUAUGGGGGUUUGAUUUCUCAUCUUUCUUCGGUUGGUGUUCUACUCAGCAUAAGCUCUUUCAAAAUCACAAAAUCUCAAUCAUGUGGCUGUUAUUUGAUAUAAGCUUACAACGAGGCUUAUAAAAGCAGGCUGAUCUUGGGUGGCCAAAAUUGUAUGAAGCGAUGGCCGUUCAUUUAGGCCGUGUUUGGAUUAUGACUUUAUGGAGGGAAGCGCACGUAUUGCCUUGGCAUUACAUGAUUGUGACCAAACCACUUUCUAGUGUGUGACAGGGAGGAAACGAAGUUAGAGAAAGAAGUACCCAAGUCUCUGGCUUUCGACAACUUUCAGUUACAAGCAGGACACGCAUACGGUGCUGGUCCAUCCAGUUUUGGCACAGUUGAGGCCCCUCAACAUUAUUACCAGGAAACAGACUAACAGUACCAUCGCAACAGCAACAAAGCAUUCCAACGGAUCCCUAUGGGGAAAAUUACUAACAGUAAUAUAGCUAUUCAUUUGGGAGAGGAUAUGGUGCUCCUGCCCCAUAUCAGCCAGCACGACAGCCUCAAAUGUUUGUGCCAUCCCAAGCACCUCAAAUUCAACAGACAGAAAUCGAAUUCUCAACUUUGAAGCUUUCCAACUCUGAUGAUUGUUUGGCAGAACUUCUGGUGUUUGCGAUUGUAAUAGCAUGAACCUGUUGUUCCUUGGUUUCACUAAAACAAUAUCUUCCUAUUUUGUCUCUCUUCCAUCAAUUUACUUUAAUGUACUUUCCAACUGUCAU